AUGACGUCCCCGUCCCCAGGGGUGGCCACAACGCUGACGCCGCUGGUGGUGUACGGCGUGGUGGAGCCCCCCGGCGUCCCCGAGCCCGACCCCGACCGCCUCCUCUUCCACCCCAACUGCGGGCAGAAGGCCGCCAUCGUCAACGAGGGGCGCACGGCCCUGCGGCCACACGCCACCGACGACUUCAACCACGGCGUGGUGCUCAGCGGCCGGGCGCUGCGCGACAACGAGCUCUUCCAGGUACGCAUCGACAAGAUGGUCGACAAGUGGGCCGGCUCCAUCGAGAUCGGCGUCACCACCCACAACCCCGCUUACCUCCAGCUGCCCUCCACCAUGACCCCCUGCCCCCCCCGAGGGGGUGUCACCGCCAUCCGCCCGGAGGACCUGGAGUUCCCCAACACCAUGACAGACAUCGACUACGACACCUGGAUGCUGAG